GGACUUAGAAAAGUCAUGGUGGUGCAGUGGUGGUGGUGGUGGAAUCGUACGAAUAAGGUCCAAGUUAGUAACAUUCCCAGCCAUGUUCAGUGGGACGACAUCGAAAGAUUAUUGGCAACAUUUGGCGAAGUUCAGCAGUGUGAUCGAGGUCCAGCUGAAUCUGAAAACUCUUUCACCGUUGUUGUAAGAUACAAUACGCCAGACCAAGCACAUCAAGCUUUCACUGAACUUAACGGAUUAGAAUUUGAAAGUUCACAUUUAAAAGUAGAUUUUGUAAUGGAACAAGGUCGUGGGGGCCGCACAAACAGAGGCACUUUUCGCCCCUUUCCUUACUCAGGGAGUUCACCAAAUCCUCUACGCCCAGCAGAUUUUCCUCUGCGAAUACUUGUCUUUAGUGACAUGGUUGGUGCAAUUAUUGGGCGAGCUGGUGGUACCAUAAGACAAAUAACUCAGCAGUCGAGGGCCAGGGUUGAUAUACACCGUAAAGAAAAUGCCGGCUCUUUGGAAAAAGUGAUUACCGUAUACGGAAACCCAGAAAACUGUUCAUUAGCUUGUCAGAAGAUAUUGGAAGUGAUGCAGAAGGAAGCUGAAAGUACCAACCGGGGCAGUAUACAUGACAUCAGUAGUUUUAACAUGGAACGGACCAUUACCGUUGUGGGCAAACUAGAAAAUAUUUCUAAAGCCGAGCAGAUGAUCAGUACAAAACUUCGCCAGAGCUACGAGAAUGAUCUUUCUGCUAUGGCUCCCCAGACAUUCAUGUUUCCUGGAGUUCAUCCUAUGGCCAUGAUGUCUACCAUGGGAGGUCCUGGAUACUCUCCCGCUCCUCGUGGGGGACCGGCAAGCCCACCUUAUGGUAUGUACAACACUCCUCCUACUUAUAUGCGUAAGAACUACCCUUCAGGACCACCCCCAUCACAACAGGAGGAUCCAAGCAAGGAGCAGGUGUUCUUGUACAUUCCAAACUCUGCUGUUGGUGCCAUCAUUGGUACAGGAGGCUCAAGCAUCAGGGAGAUGAUUAGCUCAUCUGGAGCUAGUAUAAAGGUUGCUCAACCCAAUACAGAUGAACCUAUGGAAAAACAGACAGAAAGAAAAGUAACCAUAUUAGGGACACCCGAAUCACAAUGGAAGGCACAGUUCAUGAUCUACAAGAAAGUCAGCUACGAAGGCUUUGCUGGACCCCAGGAGGCACAUCUCAGAGUGGAAGUCUUCGUCCCAACGUCUCAAGUCGGUCGUAUUAUUGGGAAGGGAGGUCAGACAGUUCGUGAAAUGCAGCGGAUAACUCAGGCAGUGAUAAAACUACCAGAAGAGAGCCAGAAUUCCCAAGCUGAAGAAACUCCCGUCCAUAUCAUUGGCGAUUUUUACAGCUCACAGGCUGCUCAGUGCCACAUCCGAGCCCUGGUAGCUCGCAGCCAACCAGGACGUCGUGGGCUUAUACCAACUCCACCUCAACCACCUCAUACUAGCCAGACCAACUAACUCUUUUUGAAUACACACAACUUUUGCCAUAGCAUUGAUGCUACACCUCACUUAAACCAAAGAGGAGUGGCAAGAAUAAAAUGGGGGGUUAUUUUUAACGAUUGUGGAGGGGGACAACACAUGAAUUUCUUCUGUAAUGUUACUAUGAUGGCACACAUGGAUAAGUGUGCUUUGUUUGGUUUUAAAACUCCUUUUUUUUUUUUUCUCCAUUUCACAAGAUUUAUUUGAGGCUUAAACAUUUCAUUAAAAAAAAUAUUAAUAAAAUCAGACACUUUCAAAAAAAAUUUGAAACCUUUGUGAGGGUUGAGUUGGGGAAAAAGAUUUAAAGCUGUAAGUGGCAGUAUGGGUGGGUUAAUAUUGAUUUAAUUUUAAGUUUGUUAAAGUAUUUCCAUAGGACCAUAAUUGUUAAAGAAUUAUGUGGUCUUUGUAAUCAUGUUAUAUAUAUUUUUGAUAUACUUGUUGGAGGAACUUUUUAUCAAAAGCAUUUUUGCUCAUCAUUGGUGGCCAAAUCAUCCAAUCAGGUCGGUUAUAUCACAUGACAUUCAAGUUUCUCCAAUAAGAAUUGAUAUAGUCAGUUUAAAAUAAAUUAGUUAAAAUAGUCGCCUUUUUUUUACGAAAAAAGAACUGUGCUCAAAAGGAAUAAAAAUUCUCAUAACCUACUUUUACGAGCUAGUGACGACAAUAGAAACUUGUUACUGCUUUCCGUUUUUACGUGGUUAAUUUUACUAUGCCUAAAACCAAACAAAGCCGUAAGUUUACGAGAAAAAGUGAAGUUAUUCUUAACGAAAAUGUAAAAUUUAUCGGAGAAUGAAUGGUAACCAUAAAGUACAACUUUGGAUGCCUUGAAAAAAUUUAUAUAGCUAGUAUAAUAGUAGUGGUGUCGUACAAUCCUUUAAAAGUCUUUUUUUGUGUGUGUGUGUGUGUGUUAUAGACAAUUCCAGGGAUUCAUAGAACAUUAUUUACUGACUAAAUGUAGAAGAAUGAAUCCUAUAAUCAACUGUAUUGUGAUUGGUGUUACACCAAUUACUAAAACUAAGGCAUUUUUCUGAGUAAAGUUGUAAUUGUUACAACUGGUGCAAGAUAUGGAAGAGUAAGUCGAGAAGACCUUCGAGAUGUUCAUCUGUUAUAUCUGUAGUCGUUUAACAGUUGACUUGCGGUGAACAAAGAAAAGUCCAUGGUGGAAGAAGCAGCCUUAAUUUCUUUAUUUAGGCUGGAUUCCUUACUACCUCAUUUGUUUUGACCUUUCUAUUUCAAGUACUGCUUGAGUCGUGCCCUGUCUAGCCAUUGUUACUGAAAUUAGCAGCUUCUACAACUGAAGACUACCUAAUGAUGAUAAGAGCCAACUCCUAGUGAAUACCUGAAGAUGAUGAAUCAGAAAUUACUGUGGUUGACCAUAUUUCACUCUAAAAGUUGAGACACGAAGGAAAUGAUGAAAUCAGUGUCGCAAGAUUAAGCUGGUUUUAGCCACAUCAUUGUUACUUUCAAAAUACAUAUAUAGUUUUGAAACGGAUUUUUUUUUCUGAAGUAUUAGAAGGGUUUGGAAAAGCAACUACAAUGUAACUGUGAAUGUUAUUUUCAUUAGAAAUCAAGCUACUCUUAGUUUUACAUCUAGGCCAAGAAUUGGAUCCGUCUUAAAAAAUGGGCCACAGUUAAUUUCAGCUGUUGUUGGACUUAAGAAAAUGUUUCCCAGUCUUCAUUAUUCUUGGAACAAACGAGAUAAACAAAAAUAGGACGUGAAAUAGAUGAAAAAUAUUUGCAUGUGUGGUAUAUAGAUGUGGAAAUAGUUUUGUGUGUUUUUUGUGUUCAUGAUUACAGGCUAAAUGACGCAUUAGAGAAAAAUUACACCCACUAAAGGGGCUAUAUGUGUAGUUCAGUUGUGUCUGAAAAAUUGGUUACAUUUUAUUGAGUUUGUUUUCAAAAGUUAGAAAAUGGUGCAUUUAAACAAUAGAAACUGUGUUUGUGACAAAAAGAUGUCAUUCAAAUAUCUGAGAUUUAAUAAGUUAUACGUAAUUAAAAUCUGCUGGCUGUACAGUUCAUAUUAUAAUAUAAUUUUGUUGAUGUACUGACAAAAAUAUUCAGAGAAUUUACUGAUUUAGAAACUGGAAUUUUUUGUUUCUUAAAGUACUUACAGUUUGAAAUGUUCUUCUUGAGACUGGUUGUGAAAAGCUUACUAAAAGUCUAGCCUUAAGGACUAAAGUUUGAAGUCAGUGAAAUGGAUUACCUAUAAUUUAAUAAGAUUUUGUGCCAUAAACCCACGUUCAGUCUUGUUGAUACUUGGCUCAAACACUGGUAACUCCACUCUGCAAUCUAUCGGUAAAAUCUUGACAUCGGGAGUUUUUACAUUAAAACUCCAGAGUAAAAAAAGUUCAUAGCAGAAUUUUACAGCUGACACAACCUUUCCUCAUUUUGAUUUCUUUCAAUUCUAUUGUGACCGAGAAGAGUCUGCUACAUGAUAUGGUAUCAGUUUCUCUGUACCGAGUCUGCCAGAUGGACAGAAUAAAGGUUGUUAACUGCUGGCGUGACUUUCAUAGCCUACGUACGUGUACACCUUUUGUAUGGAGAAAUUAAAUUAUUAUAGGGAAAAGU